AUGGCAUCAAACGGCAAACUUGAAAAACUGUCCAAGUUAGAAGCAUUAAAACUUUUGGAGAAAUGCAGAAAGGAGAGAGAUGAUGCUAUACACAGAGAAAGUGUUCUCAGAGAAAGACUCAGACAGUAUGAGUCAAGGAUGCGUUCAACAGAGGCCCUGAAGCAGAAACUGAAGACCUUAACAGUGGACAAUAAGGAGCUGAGGAAACAAGUGAAGACUCUUCGUGCUGAACUUGGACUCGAGUCCAGUCCCAAGUUCCAUGGAAAAACUACAAAGGACAUAAUCAAUGACUUGCAUGACAAAGAGCGUCAGUGCACCUCCCUGGUUGAAAAGGCUGGGAAACUGAGCUUGACUAUUGACGAUCUGACAUCAGAACUGGCAAAUACAGUCACGUCUAAAACCCUUUUAGAAGACCAAGUGCAGUCAUUGCAGCAAAACCUUAAGGAUAUGACAAAUAAUCAGCGCCGUUUGCUGAAGUUGUGGGAGGACAAGAAGGCACAGAGGGAGCAGCUGUCUCUCCCUGCAAUCUCCCAGAGACCUGGACAGAGACCAGUGGUCCACAAAGCAGUUCAGACUGAGAUGUCUAUCAGUUCAUCCCAAAGGCUUCCCGUUAAUGCAUUUGAAACCAAGCCUUUCCGUCGAGAUAGUGAGAAAAAGUCUCUGUUGGAUAAACACAGUUUUGCAACUUUGGGAAAUGGCAGUCAUCACCACGACAGGAAAGCUUUCAUGAAUGAUGAAACUAAAGGAAUUCAGAACUGACCUGACUUGACUCAUUGCCUCUGACAGACUGAUGUUGAAUUAUGAAUUACAGGGGGAAUCAAACUAUGGCAAAUACAAUUAUACAUCUAAUGUAAAAUAUACCAACCUGAAA